AUGAAUCCCGACGACGACUGGAGUACCUCGGAGAGCUUGAAUCGGGCCUUAUUCGAGUGCGUGAAUGAUGUCGCGGCCGAGUGUCUGGCCGAAAUGGAGCGUGAACGUCAACAACAGGCAGAGCAGGUCUCGAGGCCAAUCGGACGUCGGAGAUAUGUCCUCCGCGAGCGGGAAGAAGCUCGCCAACUUCUGUUCGUAGACUAUUUUGCCGAUGAACCACGGUGGGGCCUAACGACGUUGGAGGCACGUGAUACAUACUUCUCGCAUCGGCUUGAUGGUAUCGACAGACCUGGACUCACGCAGUUGCAGAAGUGCACGGCUGCAAUCCGUCAGUUGGCCUACGACAUUAUGGCAGACAUAUUCGACGAGUAUCUUCACGUCGGGGAGACAACUGGCCGCGAGUGCGUAAAGACUUUUUGCAAGGUGAUUGUGGAGGCUUUCAGCAACACAUAUUUGCGAAGGCCGACCGCUGACGAUUGCCAGUACCUGAUGAACUUGCACGAGAGGGUGCACGGGUUUCCUGAAAUGCUGGGAAGCAUAGACUGUAUGCACUGA